CUCUACUCUGUCUCGUAAGCCUACACUCUCUCUCUCUCUCUCUCCCCCUCCCUCCCUCCCUCUGUAACCGAGAACGAUGCAGGCGAUUUCAAGGCGAUUAGGGCAACAGGCUCACAAUCCCGCAGCUUCAAUCGCUUCUCUCAAAUCAAUUUAUCCGCUCUAUUAUGGAACUGAUCAUCCGCGUUAUGGAUCUACUCUCACUCCCAAAGGCGUGGGCCACCUUGUUCGCAAAGGCACUGGUGGAAGAUCUUCGGUUAGUGGCAUCAUUGCUACAGUAUUUGGAGCUACAGGGUUCCUGGGUCGAUAUGUUGUUCAACAACUUGCUAAAAUGGGAACUCAAGUGUUAGUUCCUUUCCGAGGUUCUGAGGAUUCUCAUCGCCAUCUCAAAUUGAUGGGUGAUUUGGGUCAGAUCGUUCCGAUGUUAUACAAUCCAAGAGAUGAAAAUUCAAUUAAAGCUGUUAUGGCAAAGGCCAAUGUUGUUAUUAAUCUUAUUGGAAGGGAGUAUGAGACAAGAAACUACAGCUUUGAAGAAGUGAACCAUGGUAUGGCCGAACAACUUGCAAUGAUUGCCAAAGAACACGGAGGCAUCAUGAGAUAUAUUCAAGUUUCGUGCUUGGGAGCAUCUGCUUCAUCUCCGUCAAGAAUGUUAAGAGCCAAAGCUGCUGCAGAGGAAGCUGUAUUAAGAGAAAUACCUGAGGCCACAGUAUUGAAACCUGCUGUGAUGAUUGGUACAGAGGAUCGAAUUUUGAACCGGUGGGCACAUUUUGCAAAAAAAUAUUCAUUUCUUCCACUAUUUGGAGAUGGAUCUACCAAAAUCCAACCAGUAUACGUUGUUGAUGUUGCUGCUGCUGUUAUUGCAGCAUUGAAAGAUGAUGGGACCAGCAUGGGAAAAGUUUAUGAGCUUGGAGGGCCUGAAAUCUUUACUGUGCAUGAAUUGGCGGAACUUAUGUUUGACACGAUUCGUGAAUGGCCUCGCUAUGUGAAAAUUCCCUUCCCCAUUGCAAAGGCACUUGCAAUGCCACGAGAAGUAUUACUUAACAAGGUUCCAUUUCCAUUACCCACACCCAACAUUUUGAAUUUGGAUGAGAUAAAUGCCCUUUCUGUGGAUACAGUGGUGUCAAAAGAUGCUUUAACAUUCCAUGAUCUUGGGAUUGUGCCACAUAAGUUGAAGGGAUACCCUGUUGAGUUUCUUAUCUCAUAUCGCAAGGGUGGCCCACAAUUCGGUUCUACAGUUAGUGAAAGGGUAUCCCCAGAUUCUUUUCCAUAAGUUCUUGGAAUCUUUCUUUUCCAAAUGUUUCUGGUCCACUGCCUGUUUGAGAAAUUUGGAAUGCAUAGGCGAUGGCCUUCUGUUCUUUGAGAAAAUGGAAAGACUUGGAACUCGUGAAUCUUGUCUCUCUUGCUGAUGAUGGAAGAGAUUAUAUUUAUCUCAAUAACCAUGCAUAAUGAUUGGGAUACCUGAUUGAUGCUUUUUGAAAAUCCCAUCUUUAUAUGUUGUAUUGUAUUGUGGGAUCACUAAUAAGUUCCGAGCCUUCGCAUCAUAGAUUUUGAAAGCUUAACCAGUUUCUAUGCACUCACUCUAGGAAACAAUAAUGAAGUGGAUCAUCCUUAAUAGCUUCUAAAUUGUCUGAUCGGUAGACGUAUUACUUUUGUAAUUAUGCAUUAAAAAGAAAAAGAAUCAAGUCCUUACUGCAGACCCCUAAAUCUUGGGAGUUCAUUGCAGGUGUAAGAAACUGGAGUUUGUUU